AAAUGAAAAGGAUCUUCGGUAUUUUACUGUGGAGUUCUGGAGUAUAGAAGUAGGAUCUUCUGUUGAUUGUGAGGUGAAAACUGCAAAGAAUGGAAUCUAUCCGAUAAUUUACUCAAUAAUUGAGUUCAACUAUUGCCUCGGAGACAUAAACGCCGCAACUAGCGAAGCUCUACGGACAGACGCGAGGUCAGCCAUCUGAAGGGGGACUGGAGCUUUGCACAACUGAUGAAAACUGAAAACUUCAACACAGUUGCUAAUACAAUCUGUGUAAGAGUAUGUGGUUAGCCGGCAUCAUAUGUGUCCUAACAUGUGACAGCCGUUUAGAAGGGUAGAGGCAGGAUACAAGUGUGACCCAUAAACUAUUCGUUCGCAAUGAAUGAUAGAGACGUUCGGUCUUCAGCUGAAAAUUUUGUAACGGUUGUUUCAGUAGGGAAUAAAAAUGAUCAGCCGGAAAGAAUAAUCAAGAAUGCCAAGGAAAAGGAAUUCGUGACAGUUCUGAAGAUCGGUGAAAAUGAUCUAGAAAGCAACUUUGUCACCGAAGAAGUGUUAGUUUAUCGUUUACCGGGCGAACGGCUGGGUUUUGGUCUCAAAUUUGAAGGUGGGACCAAAGCUACAGAAUAUGUCAAAAAACUUUUUAUCCAGUCUUGUGCCCCGGACAGUCCGGCGUCGAAGGUGGUGGGCUCUUGGGGACAUUUAACUGAAGGUGAUGAAGUGUUGGUGAUAGAUUCUCGUCCGGUGACUUCAAUGACCCGUAUGGAUUGUGUCAAGUGUUUGAAAGAUUCUAGUGUCGUUAUAAAACUACUUGUGCGCCACCAGAAGGACAAUACGAAAGCGACAUUGGAUGAAGGUUUGCCCCUAGUUAUACGCGCAGAGAAAAAGAAACCACCUGCGCUACCACCAACUCCUCCCCCUGUUCCACCCAGAAAAGUACCAAAAAAACAUUUGAGAGCCAAUCAGACGAAGAAUGCAGAAACUGGUAGCAGAGACAACGCGGAUGCCAACAUACCCUUGCAAUCACGCUUAAAGAACUUCGAUACCGGAAAUAACAAAUACAAUAUUGUAAAAACCAAUUCUCCAGAAACCAGGACCAACAGGAAAUUCUCGGAUUGUUGUACGAGUCCUUCCGAUGCUGAAUACUACGUUGAUUUAUUUUCUCAGGACUCUGUGCACAGUUUGAGUGAAUCUGACGAUACUGCGAGCACAAUAUCAACUGUUGUUGAUAGAAACUCUAAUAGUCUUCCUUCAACUCCAAAAUCUAUUCAAAAACAUCUCGAUAUUGCAAAUUUCCCGGAUGAUGAAACAGUGUUCAACCUGAAUUCGAGUAGUACAAAGUCAAAUGAGAAAUUCCAAUUCUCAAAAUUACCUGAACAACACCAAUGUACCAAAGUCGAUGAUAUUGACUUCAGGGAUGCUAAAACCGAUUACGAUAUAAACAACGACGAUGUAGAUAUUACAGACAUAGAAGAUUUAACUCAAAAAUUAAAUUUUCCAGACUCUAUUGGAGAUUUGAAUCGAGAGUUGGUAUUUCAAACGCACGACGAAAACAUGAACAUUUUCAGUUUACCAAGAUUAGUCGACUUCGUUCCAAAAAGUUUCAGUGAUAAAGAUCAUAAGAAAAUAAUGAAUUUAUUUCUUUCUUGUGAACGAGGCGAACAUUUAAAUUUCAAAUUCACAGUACCGGAUGAAGCCUCAAAAAGGGGCUCCUUCAAUGACGACAUAGACCUUUUUCCAAAAUGGAGCAUAUCUCCCCAACUGGACACUAUUGGAGAAGUGGAAGAGGAAUCUAUUAGCAACGAAAAUUUAUCCAAUAGACUCAAAACUUCUACAUCCACGUUAAAUGUCCAUUGUGAAAGAGAGGACAACAACGAAAAAGAGGAAGAGAAUGAUGAAGACGUGAAAAUUGAAAACCAAAUAAUGGAACCUCCUCCCAGUGACCCAAGACAGCCACCCGAUGGACACGAGUUUCCAGAUUUCGAAGAGAGCUUCCAAAAUAGAACGAAUGAUACCCUGCUCGAAAGAUUUAAAUCGAGGACCUCCCAAACGAAUGAAUUCCUCACUGGACCAGUUCAAGAAACAUCGUUUGGUGCGAAUAUACCUGAUACGUCUACCUUGAAUAAGAUGACGAGUAUAUCGAAUAUGGACUUGAGUUCCAGGGAAAGGGAUCAGAGUGAAAAUAUAUCAGAGAAUGACGAAAGCAGGACAUCCUCCAGUUUCACCCCUUACAUGAGAUCUCAAAGUCUUUGUGAUAUAUCAAUGAAUAGUAGUAGUAGACAGAACGAUCCUCUGCAGAAUUUGGUCGAGCAACGUAGAAGAACUCUGUCCAAGUUGAAAGGCUUGGUUAUACCAGAUUCUAUCUCAGAGGAUGAUUUUUCCUCCACCAUCAACUUGCCAGAAAUUAAAAGUAAUACCCCCAUUGAAAAAUUCAAUUCUCUGAACUCUUCGAUAGUUUCCAAUAAAAUAACUAAAGACACGAGUAUCAACAAUACAGCCUUACCACCGAUUCCACCGGCUUGGGCGGCGACAGUAAACUUCCCCAAAUAUUCGCCAGCUUUCAAGCGAAAAGAUUUGAAGCUUCAUUCGUCAAACAGGAAGCCAGAACUCGAAAAUAGCGAUUCGAAAAUAUCGAUGGACGUGAAAAACGUUCAAGCUGAGGAUUUCAACGAUUACUACCAGAAAACUCGUAAGAAAUCAGUUGAUGGUUCAAAGGCAAGAUCUGAAAAUAGUUUGGACUUCGUGCCUAGAGAUAUAAAGCCUAAACUUAGAAGACCAUUCGGAUCGUUCACAAUGGAAAAUGAUUCGACAAGCAAUUUGCGCCAAAGGGACUUAAACACUGACGAAGAAAGUGACAAUGAUUCUGCAGUGAGUUCUAGUCAAUCUAGUUUUGUAUCAAGACCAACGGCGUCUCCCUCACCUACAACAUCAGUUGAAAAUUUUGACUAUACGUUAAAAAGUGUGUAUUCGGCAUAUACUCCUCCAGAAUUUCGACAUAUCAAAUCUUCAACUGUAGAAGCUUUGAACAGAAAAAAUAUAUUAGCUUCUUCUAAAUGCAGUAGCGGAAAGGAUUACAAAAUAGGUUCUCCUAUUGUGAACAGGAAACUACCAGAGAGCAAUGAUGAAACUGAUAAUGUAAAACCGAUAACAAAAUCACCCAAUGAAAAUAAGGAUCCUAUUGACGAAACAAUUAAACCUCUGGUCAAAACAUCAGAAGCUACAAAAUCAGCUUCAGUGGACACUCCUUCUGAGAAAGUUCCUACUGCGGCACCAAGGGAAAUGGUUCCACCCCCGAAGACAAACUUGAAGUUCUUGGAUCUCAAAACCACUUCCAGAGCCAGUUCAACACCGAGCGGAAAGAAUUCGAUAUUUCUGAAUGUUCUGAAACCGGUCCCUUCAGUGAUGAAAAGAGAAGAGAGGUUAUCAAAAUUCAGAAGUACGAAAAGCUUGAGCGUCACUGAUCUCCGGAAAAACUUCGAAGAAAUUGCUAAAAAUGUUUCCCCAGCACCUACAUUUGCUAGUAAGAAGUUGAGCUACUGUCCCAAAACGCCGAAACUUGUCCAUUCACCAUCGGAUGAAGACUAUACUAAGGUUAAUGCAAAGGAUUCAGUUCAGAGGAAUAUUCUUUCCGAACAUGAUUAUCCAAAUCAAGGGCUAUCUGAUGGACUUGAAUCACCCAGUGAAAUUAAGGAAAUUAGUUCGAAAUCUCGCAAAGUAAUUCUGAAACCAGCUGUCAUGGGGGAGAGCCUUGGUAUAAUUAUAACUGGUGGAACUGAAGAAAAUAAGGACAUCAUUGUUCAUAGAAUAAGAUAUGGAAGUGCUGCCUACCAAGAUGGAACUCUAAUAAAGGGCGAUCAUAUUUUAUCCAUUAAUGGAAUUGCCACAAAAGGACUCAGUUAUAUUGAGGCUCUUCAAUUGUUAAAGGUCCCUGUUGAAACCUACGUUAUAGAAAUCGCUCAGAAGGAUGAAGUACCCAAAGACGUGAAAAUAUCGAAGAGGAGAUCUAUUUCCCUGGACAGAACAUUGGACACAGAAAACACUGAUUCGCUCAGCAUCGUCCCAACAAGGAUGCCUAAUCAUGAGAUAAUAUUGCAGAAGGAUCAGAACGGUUUGGGAUUCAGUGUAGAAGGAGGAAAAGAUUCACCACAUGGAGAUAUGCCAAUAACUGUGAAGAAAAUUUUUCAAGGCGGGGUUGCAGACAAGGAUGGUAGGCUAAAAGUUGGUGAUCAAAUUUUAGCAAUCAACGAUACAGACAUUACUAACUUAACUCGUAUACAGGCGUGGACUCUAAUGAAGAAAGUUGAUAUUGGAAAGACAAAACUCAUGAUAUAUCGACAAUGAUAUUUCAUGUUGCCAUUUAUCCAUAUAUGUAUAUGUUAUUGUGCCCUAUGUUGAUGUUGUUUUGUUAUGAAUUAUUAACUUAUUGACAAUACAGAAUGUUAGAGGCAUUUUGGAGAAUAUUCAUCAUAAUUUCCAUGUUUAUCACAUAAACGA